ACUUACUUGUAACUCGUCACUCGUGUUACCUACGUCCUUUUCUGAGCAUCGUAGAGUAAAAACAAAACAUAACUAAAUGAUAAAUGUAAAAGUAUUUUAUUUAGAUGGUUUUAUUACUAAUUAAGUUGAGCCAAGGAAACAUUUCAGUAUAGCUAGCUUGAUUUAUACCGUUUCAUACAGAUGAGUUAGCUAGUUCGGGAAAAAUAAAAUAUGUUGAACUCAUAAUAAUUAAAUGUGAACUUAACGGUUUAACUAAUAAAAUGUAUUGGACUUUGCACACUAAUGGUGGGCCUCGGAGGGUGAAUCACGCAGCAGCCCUGGUUGGUGACAAAAUAUACUCCUUUGGGGGUUAUACUUCAUUGGAAGUAUACCGACUCUGGGACCCAAUGUCAGUUCAUGUUUUAGACACAAAGGUAUACAAAUGGGCUCCUGUAGAAUAUGACGUGAUAGGAGCACCAUUCCAGAGGUAUGGGCACACUUGUGUCGCAUAUGGAGACAAGAUUUAUCUAUGGGGUGGACGUAAUUAUACUGCACCUUGCGACAAAGUCUAUUGUUUUGAUACUGAGGAAUUUAAGUGGAGCACUCCCCUGGUAUCAGGCAGAAUACCUAAUGGAAAAGAUGGUCAUUCAGCAUGUAUUGUCAACAAUAAAAUGUAUAUAUUUGGAGGAUUUGAUUACAUUACUGAUGAAUAUACAAACAACUUGCACUAUUUAAAUCUACAAACUAUGGAAUGGUGUUAUGUGUGUGCUAAAGGGAGUCCUCCAAAAGGGAGGGAUUUUCAUACUGCAUUGGCAUAUGGGGAUCGAAUGUACAUUUUUGGAGGCAGAUCAGAGUUAAGAAGGCCACUUAUUAAUGAUCAAGAGUAUUACUCUAAUUUAGUCUAUUAUUUUGAUACUGUAACAGAAACAUGGGUAAAAGUUAAGGCAAGAGGAAUUAAACCAGAUGGAAGGCGGAGUCAUUCUAGUUGGAUACAUAAUGAUUUUAUGUACAUUUUUGGUGGGUAUAAUGACAAAAAAAAGACACAUUACAAUGACAUACAUCGAUAUUCAUUCUUAAGUAAUCAAUGGGAAUUUAUUAAUGUUUAUGGCACACCACCCUGUAAAAGAAGACGGCAGGUGUGUAUUCUCUAUAACGACAAAUAUAGUGACAAAGUAUACCUAUUUGGAGGAACAAGUCCAGUAGACAAUGUGCCUGUAGAAACAAAAGAUGAUGAAAGUGAGGAUGAGGAAAAAGUUUUGGAUAAAGAUGACCUUCAUUUGCUAGAAUACUUACCAUCCCUCAAAGUACUUUGUAUUAUGUACAUAACCAAAAAUAAAAUGAAUACUGCAGAGCUUCCAAAUGAUUUAUUAGUCGAUAUUCAAAUAAUGACACAGCCCAACAAAAUAAGCAGUCCUAUUGAAGAACUAACGAAUUUGUAAAUGUAAUAACUUUGGAUAAUUCAAAGGCCAAUUAAGUCUCACAUCCCUGAGGUCGUUGGGUCGAAUCACAGCUGUGCACCAAUAGAUAUUUCAGCUGAGACAUCGACACACAAGCACACAUGUCAAGCACAGAAGGGUUUAAGAAGAUUAUCAGAUAUAGAAAUCAAGAGGUCAAGAGUUGUAGCGCCACAGGUUUUUUGUUUAUGUAUAGACGCUGGUUUUAUGAUCUGUAAAUUUUUAUGUUUGAAGUUUGACAAUGUUCUGGUUUUCCAAUAUGUAUUAGACCGUGAUCUCAAAUUUAGUCACAGUUAAACCUCAAUUAAGUUCUCUUACACUUUAGGGGCCGUUCAAGUAUUACGUAAGUAUAUUAACUGCAAUUUAUCCCCCCCCUCCUCUUGUCAUUAAAAGUAACCGAAGUUCUCAAAAAUAAUAGAACAUAAACGCUUUAAUUUUUUAUAGAAAUCCUCGAAAAUGCAUUUCGUCUUCAAGCAUAGACAAUGUGCGAGUAAUAA